AUGGUCAACUCCCUGGACAUCCAGCUCCAGAACCAGACCAACUCGGGCCAGGUCUGGGCGUACAUCACCGGCAUCGCCAUCCAGAACGACUGGAAGCGCAUGUUCCUCAAGGCCAACGGCAGGGAUGUCUACUACCCUCAGCAGGUCUCGUCCAUCGGGUCGCCUCUGGCUGAGGACUGCGCCAUCCCCCUCGGCCCGCCAGGAAACACCAUCUCGGUGCACAUCCCCCAGAUCGCCGGCGGCCGGAUCUGGUUCGCCUGCGACAGCAAGCUCCACUUCUUCCUGAACCCGGGCCCGGCCGUCGUCGAGCCCUCGGUCCUCAACCCCAGCGACCCAAACGCCAACGUCAACUUUGCCUUUGCCGAGUUCACCCUCAACAGCGACCAGCUGUUUGCCAACAUCAGCUAUGUCGACUUCGUGUCGCGCCUGCCCAUCGCCAUGACGCUGCAGACAGCCGGAGGAGGAGUGCAGCACGUGUCGGGCAUGGCAGCAAACGGCAUCGACCAGCUGUGUGAUGGCCUGCGCCAACAGGCCCAGAAGGACGGCAGGCCCUGGGACAAGCUGAUCGUCCAGCCCAGGGGCCAGCCGGUGCUGCGGGUGCUCAACCCAACACACGGCGACGCGGUGGGGGCCAGCUUGGCGGGCUACUUUGAGCCGUACAUCGAGCAGGUGUGGCAGCGUUACAGCAAAAACCAGAUGCGUAUCAACACUCAGGCAGCAGCUGGCAUCGUGGCCGGGACGGUAAACAGCAACAACGAGCUCGUCUUCGGCAACGAGCCCUUCCGGAAGCCCAACAGCGCAGACAUCUUCGGCUGCAACAGUGGGCCAUUCACGACGGGCCCCUCGCCGUACCGCAACAGCAUCAUCCCCCGGCUGGCAGCUGCGUUCCAACGCUCUGCAUUCCUGACCGUCGACGACCACCCGUCCGACCCCUCGACUUUCUACCAGCGCGACCCUACCAACCACUACUGCAGGAUCGUGCACGCCGUCAACCUCGACGGCAAGGGUUACGCCUUUGCGUACGACGAUGUCCAGCCGGACGGGGGUGCAGACCAGUCGGGCAAGGUGAACGCCGGGGAUCCCACGACGUGGAUCGUGGCUGUUGGCGGAAACAAUGCGUAUGCUGGGGACCGCAUGGCACCGCCGCCGGGCAAGGCCGCCCCGUCGGCCGGCCCUCCUGUUCCUACUGCGACAAAGCCGGCUGCCGGCUCGGCCCAGGCCUCCCACGAUGGCGCAAACGAUGAUCCGCCACAAGCACCAUCCCAGCCUCAGCCUCAGCCGGCACAUGUGUCCCGCAUCAAGCGCAUCUCAGCAAAGGCGCAGAAGUGGCUGCAGAGAUGA